AACCGGCCAGUGCACUCGUGGAGUCGUGCGUGAGAGUGUCUCUCUCUCUUUCUCUCUCUCUCUCUCUCGAUUAAAAUACAGCAUAAAACCUUGGAUCUAGUGCACAUCGAGGAGCGAUCAAAAAACUGUAAUGAAUUGUCUCAAUGUUUUUUUGUUUCUCCGUUAAGUGAUAUGACUCGGGAAAACGUGUAAACAGUCGUGUUUUGAUGGGUUUUCAAUAAGUGAAGUGGAGUGAAAAAAAUCUAACCGCAUGUUUCGUGAACACGUGGGCAAUUAUAUCAGGAGUGAUUGGGAAUAGUGAUAAAACGUGAACUAUCGGAGAUUAAAUUGCGUUGGAAAACGUGGAAUUCACGGCAAGGUUAAUGAUAACCAAUGCAUUCUGAAUGAAACAAGCAAUGUUAACGAGGUAGCCUUGAGGUGAAAUGUCCCGAAGCCUGCCAGAUAGAGUGGCAGGGGUGUAUUAUGCCCAUGGCCUCUUCUGCUCGUCACAUCCAAUUGCAGUUCUUUCACUGGCAAUUACAAUCGUUAUACUAUGUUGUUAUCCACUUGUAAAUCUUCCUAUGCCUGGGAAUGCCCCAAGGACAGUGAUAAAUCAAACAAUUUUUCUUUGCAAUGGUACUGAGACUUCGUCACUUUAUGUUCAGCAAGUUGUUCUGAGAACUGGAGUUGUACCAUGGACCAACGAUCUUGCCUUGUCCGAUGCCUUUCGAGGACCUCUCUACGAGGUCUUCAAUCUUUUGGAGAUUAUACAGAAUUAUCAGGAUCAAGAGACGUUAAAAACUCUCGGCCAAGUAUGUUUACACAUAGAGGCGGUAAAAAAACGCAGUGCAAAUGCAAAACAGCCGGAGAUACUUCCUGAGUACAACUGUUUAAUUCUGUCACCGGCAAAUCUCUGGCAACAGAGCAUCGAGUUAUUCAAUCAGGACAAUGACGUAAUUGGCACGAUAUUCUCAUACCAAAAUCUUCAGAAGGGGAAAAUAAGCCUUGCUGAGAUGCUAUUCGGUAUGAAUCUCAAGGAAACCGGUGUCAAACGGUAUCCAGUGCGUGUGAGACAGAGAAUACUCCAAUACGCAGUUACCAUAUUCCUCAAGGAGUACGAUCCUAGAUUCAUCGAAGGAUUAAAAACCAGGUUGACAACCUACUACUCCCUCCACCAGCCCCAGAAAACUGAGAGCCCCCAGCAGUCCGACGAGACCCUGCACAUCUUCUACCCAGGUGAAUUCAACUACAACGACUUCUUUCCCCUGAUGAUGACGUUCUUCGCCCUCUUCGUGUACGUCUACUUCUCAGUGAGAAAGAUCGAACUGGUGAAAUCGAAGAUCGGGGUUGCCUUCAGUGCCACUGUCACCGUGAUAUCAUCCCUAUCGAUGACAGUUGGUGUCUGUUUCUUCUUCGGACUGACCCUGAGCCUGAGUGGCAAGGAGAUCUUCCCCUAUUUGGUGGUGAUAGUGGGUCUCGAGAAUGUUCUAGUUCUCACAAAGAGUGUGGUGAGCACCCCAGCCCACCUGGACGUGAAAAUCCGAGUGGCCCAGGGUCUCUCCAAGGAGGGCUGGUCCAUAACGAAGAAUCUCCUCACAGAAGUGACGAUUUUAACAAUAGGACUGUUCACCUUUGUCCCAGCAAUCCAGGAGUUCUGUAUUUUUGCUAUUGUCGGUCUUCUGAAUGACUUCUUCCUCCAAAUGGUCUUCUUCUCAACGAUCCUGGCCAUGGACAUUCGAAGAAUGGAGCUGUCCAGUGAAAAUUCACGAUUUCAAUUCACUCAUAUUGCUGCAACGAGAAAGCAGUUCACAACGACUGUGCCGAACAAAAAACCCAAUUUCUUCAGGUCAAAGUCUCAUCCCAGGCUCAAUGGGAUGACGGGACCGACUAAUGUCAUUGCUCCAACUAGUCAGAAUACUCAGACUUUGGUGAAGAUACCGAAGAGGCUGAGGCUCGUCCAUUUCUGGGCGAGAACUAGGAUCUUUCAGAGGGCCUUCAUGGUGUGGAUGGUCGUGUGGAUCAGCAUGAUUAUUUAUAACUCGGGGAUCAUCGAACAUUUGAUUCAUCUCAGUGACACCUUGAAACCUGAUAGCGAGAUUGAGAGCUAUACGGUUGAUAGACCGCAGACUUUGAAGAGUUAUGUCGAGUUUAAGACGCUGAAACCAGUUGUUGUUACUACUUCUACGAGUGCGCCUAGUAUUGUUGAUGAGCUCCCCAAUCCAAAUAAUAUUACCGAAGAGCUGAAGAAACUCCGUCCAGUAGACUUUCCACCAUGGAAUCGCCUUUCUUUAUACCACUGGUCUUCUAUCCUCAUGAUGUACAAUAUCUCAACAGCCGGUGAACAAAUAACAAUUCUCCCAACUAUAAAAAUAUCCCACCCAGUGAAUCCCCAAUUAUCACGACAAAUCAGCAAUCCAAAUGAUGUGCAGCAUUUUCAAUGGCAGAGCUUGGCAACAGCUGCCCUUGAUCCCCUGGACUUUUCAGAUAUCGAAGUCCCGACCAGAUCCGAAGGCCGUGGUUUCAACACAGACACCCCCUUCGUCCCCUCGAGCCCCAUGGAGAUCUUCCUGGCAGCCCUCCUCUGCCUAAUAAGCGUGAUAGUAGUCGCCUACACAAUGGUGGUUCUCUACCGCUGCAUCUGCACGCGAAACUACGCAGAAUGGCGAGCAAGCUGGCACCAGCAAGAGAAAUCCCAAGACUCCUCCACAGAGCUAGUCCUCGAGGCCCUCCCCAUAGUCCUCGAGGGUCACUCCCAGGAGGUCGAGUGCAUUGCCACAGACGGCGACACAAUAGCCAGCACGUGCCUAGCUGGUCACAUAAAAAUCUGGGACAUCACCACUGGCGACAUGCUCGCCCACAUCGACCGAAAGAAGUUCUUCAACUCUAGCCAAAGGGACUUGAUCAACCCGACUCCUGAUAACGAGGAAUUAAUGUCGGAUUACGAGAGUGGAUCGCCCCCCUCACGAGGAGAAAUGGAUAGCACCUCUUUCGGACUUUACUCGUCACCCGGGGGACGACAGAAGUACUCGCCAGGGGGAACACUCCACAGGAGCUCUCAGGGGAGGAAGAGACACUCGAUGAACUCGUUGGACUACGACUACCAGAUCAACGAUUACUCCAGUGACAAGAGGAAGAUCUUCACGAGGAACAUCAACUCCUUUGAAUUUCCCGAUCUCAGGCCCUCGAUCAACACAAAAUUCUCAGCCAUGAGGUUUCAACCGAGGCAACAGUGCUAUGAGAAUGGCUUCGAUUUUGGUAAUGAUUAUAAACGAUUGUUCGAACAGUUCAGGAGUUCCAUUGAUGAUGUGGACAAGUGUGAGGGAAGUGAAGUGAUGAAUAAUUGUGGGAGACUUGGGAAAUUUGAGUUGAAUGACAGUGCAACGUCCCUGAGCACUGAUAGAACAGUGCAGAGUGUGCAAAAUGUUGCGCCAAUUUGGUGCAUUGAUUAUCAGGAGAAUAUUCUUGUAGUGGGGUGUGCCAAUGGGGUGCUGGAGUUUUGGGAGGGAAACACUGGGCGGUUCAAGUGUUUCUUCGAUGAUGGGAGUGGGUUGGGGAUAUCUUCGGUGAAGAUGGUGGGGUGCAGGGUCGUGGCAGCUAAGUUGAAUGGGUCGGUGGACUUUUUGGAAUUGGAGAGGUACAGUGAGGGGCAUCAGAUUGAUUGGGGCUUCACGUCUGGGAGGAGGACGCAUGUGAGGACUGGGAGUGCUGGGUCACCCAUGGAUAUUGGGGGUUCUCCACAUGUAGAGGAGGAUCUGAGGUGCCUCAAGAAGGGCUCGCACAGGGCGCAUCAACAGGCUAUCACGGUUCUUGAUAGCGAGGGGGGACGAGUGCUUACGGGGAGUCAGGAUCACACACUCAAGGUUUUUAGGCUGGAAGAUCAACAGCCACUUUAUACUCUUCAUGGACACUGUGGUCCCAUUUCCUGUCUAUUUAUCGACAGAAUGAGUCCCAUGACUUCUGGCAGUGGUUCCCAGGAUGGACUUCUCUGUGUCUGGGAUUUAUUGACAGGGACGUGCAUGUACAGCAUACAUGCACACGAUGGAGCUGUGGCGGCAAUAACGUGCUCAGCUUCGUACGUGAUAAGCAUUGGUACAGACGAGCGUCUCUGCGUUUGGGAACGAUUUCAGGGUCAUCUACUUCACGCCCUACCGGCUCACAGGGCAGCCUAUAGUCUUCAAUUAGUCAUGCUGACACAUCAGUUACUCAUAACUAGUAAUCAGGGUUCUCUCGUCGUUUGGGACGUGAGAACGGGCGAACCAAUGAGAGAAGUACGACUAGAUCACAAAGACAGUUGUGUUUACGUUAAACAAAUGAUUGCACUUAGGGACAGCGUCGUUUGCGACUUUGGUCGACAGCUGCGUAUAGUCAGAUUUCCCUUAGUCUCUGAUAAGUUGGACUGAACAAUUUUUAUCUAUAUAUUUUAUUAAAAGAAAGUAAGAAACUACUGUACAUAGAUCAUCCUCAGUGCCCGAAUGACUCAUUAUAAAUUUUUUAAUACAAGCAUUGCUUUGACCCUCUCCUCACCUCUCCUCACCCCAAAUAUAUACACGAAGAAAAAAUAAUCAACUAAAAAUUGUGAGCAAAAUUGCUGAAAGGUACCAAAAAUAUUGAUUAGUUAUUGCUUCUCAAUGGAAGCGUUUUAAUCGUUGAUUUGAUGAUCUUGACGAUGUCGUAAACUCCAAGAUAUCACUUUUUUUGAAACUGUGUGAAUUUCAGCGCAAAAAUCAAUUUCUCAAAAAUCUUUUUUCUUCAUCAUCUCAAAGACUAGAUGACUGAAUUAAAUUUUUUUACGUUAAAUAUUCUUUGCAAUAAUAUCUAUCAAAUGAAGUCACAAUAUCUCUACGUGACCAGGGAAAGCUUGAUAAUAAUUGGCGUUUUUCAUUUUUUAGAUAAAAUCGAUGAAUACACGUUAACUCCCGAAAAAAAUGAGAUAGGAAGUUGAAAUUUUGUGAGAUUAUAGCUCUUAUGGUAUUAUAGGAUGGACUUGCGAAAUCGGACAAGUAGUUUAGCAGAUAUUCAACUUUUUAUGCAACUGUUUUGCUCCAUAUCUUCGAAAUCACUGGUCCGUUUUCAUUUUUCUUAUAUUCGCCUUGUUUUCACAGUUGUCCAUCAAAACUUCAAAUUUUACUGUCCAUUUGACGAAAAAUACAAUUAUAAAGGGGAUAACUUAUCGUUUGCCUCGCAUUUUUCUCUUUAUUUUCAAAUAAAAGUUACCUAGUUUCUACAGUAAUUUUUCGCGUUUUUUUCUUCGUGUGCUUCUUUACUUUCCUCUCUUAAAUCAUCAUUAUUACUAAUUGUCAUUGAGCGUGCGAUUGUGAGCUGAAGAAUGUGAUUACGGAAUAUAUGUUGAUGAAAAUUUAGGUAAUUUUAGGCGAACGGCUGUGCAAAAUAAUGUUGAUAGUUUCAUCAAUGCUUGAAGCCAGAUGUAUAUCAUCCAUUUGUUUUUAAUUCAAUUCUCAAUUGAUGUUGUUGAAUUUAAUGAGGGGAAUGAUAUUAUUGUUCAGGUCCUUGCAGUGAUUUUUUUCAUUGGAGCGCAUGUUGAAAUAUGAAAAGUGAAUGAAAAUGUGUGCUUUUUUUCAUCCUUUAAACUGGCAAAGAAUCUGAAUGUUUUGUUUUUUAUUCACAUUUCAUACCAACAAUAAAAAAAAUACCAUGUUAAUUUCAAUUAUGGGAUUAGCUCAGAAGACAGGUGCCUUACAGCUAAUGUCAGGAGAAUUUUUUGAAAAUCUGAUAAACUGUAGAAAAUAUUUCUAAUUUUUCCUUUUGAAUCCACUAGUUUCUGGGAUAAUUCCAUGAUUAAAAGCAUGAGAAAUGUUCACUCGUUAAUUUUUGUCUCGUCAAUGCAAAAUUAUUUUUUUUUUCAAGUUAUAACUGAUAUAUCAUAAAUAUUUGGUAAUGAAGGCUUCGUUGGGUGAUUAUCAAGAAAAAUAUAUUUGUAUACUGCAUAUUGAUAAUAUACGAGUGAACUUUCGUGAAAUUAUGAGAAAUCGCCCAUUUUUAAUGUGUCGCUGACUGAAGGCAGAUGAAUCGUAGGGGAAUUUACGGAACAAAACAUAUUUUUAGACCCAUCAUCAAUAGUGAACUGUAGCUAUUGAUAACUUCAGGUAUCUUAUUUUAUUGAUUAUGGAAUUAUCUCAGGAAUGAGAGAUUUUGAGGCGAAAUAUCAGAACAGUGUUUUAAUCAGAUGUUUUUUGAUAUUUUCCUCCAAAGUGACUUACUCGUGCGAUAAUUCCAUAGUAAACAAAAAUUUCAUGUGGAAGAGUUCAUGUUCAACUAGUAGAAAAUGGAAGAAAAUACACCUGGCAUCGCUUAAUUUAUAAUUUUGCAUUUUUAAUAUUUGAGAGUGCCUUUAUAAAGUCCGUCGCGUUUUUUUUUAUUAUCAUUUCUUGAAUUUAAUAGUUGAAUGGGGAAUGGCGAGAAUUACACUUCACUCUCAAGUUAUUCUUGCGAAAUGUCUGGGGGUCAAUGAGACGAUGAGAUUUGUACCAGGACUUUUUUGUAGCAUUCAAUGACUACAAGAGAUUUCUUGAUAGAGAGUCGUCGAUGUCCCUUGAAUUCCAGAAUAUUAUUCACCAACUUCUCUGACGUGUGUAAUGUCGACUUUAAGAUCAAUGUUUAUGAAUCUUCAAGAUAUACAUUAAUAAUUGUUAAAUCACUUUUUGCAAAGAUAAUCAGGAGUUUAUGAGAACAGAAAUUUCUAUCUCGAUUGGAUUCAAAAAUAUUCAUCAAGAAUUGUUGUGAACGUGUGACAGUUUGAUUUCAUGAUCUCUUCUUGACAAAUAUUUUCAAAUCCUAUUCCCCUUCACUAAUUCACUGAAUCAAACAAAAGGAAAUAAUUUGUAGAUAUAUAGUCCACGAACAAUUUCAUCGUCAGACGAUGCGUCUGAAUUAUUUUUCAUACUUGAUAAUAAAUAAAAAGCGAUUAAACAUUGCGAAUGAUGACGAGCAUGAUUGAAGAUUUUAUAUGAAUUUAAACAAAACCUAAAAUGAUAUUUUGAUAAGGAUUAGUUUAAGAGUGUCACGGGGUUCUGUAAUUAGUCUUAACGUAAUGAUUAAGGUAUUGAGAAUAAAUUGUACACUGCAUCAUGAAUGGAAAUAUAUUUUUAAGCGUGUGGCAGCUGAUAAUCGAUGGGAGUAAGAGUUAUCUGAAAAUCCUUGAUGUCGUGGCUGCAGAUAUGACAAAAAUCAUUCUGAUUUUAGACUGAGUGUAGAUUCAAAGAUGAGGAAGAGAUAAUGGAGGAAGGAACGAAUUGAUAAUUGUCAUCGAUCACUAUGUCAUCGAUACGAGAACAUUUUUUUACUGAGAAAUGAAUGUAUUUCGUAGAAUUAAUAUUUUCAUCGACCAAAGUGAAUGUUGAACGAACGUACUUGAGAAAUUAUUUGAUUAUUCAUGUUUUUAGGUUUUAAUGUUAAUCGAUUUGUCUAGGAGGACAGUCGGAGUCGACCCGCGUGAAUUUUUCUAUUUAUUAAUUUAAUAAUAAAUUUAGAUUAUUGAUCAGUGA